AUGAAAAAGUCAAAAUAUUUAAUAUAUGCAUUAUAUUUAGGACAGUUUAUAUUAAAUGCUUCUAAUUCAGUAAUAGCACCCUUUUUUCCUUAAAUGGCAGAAAGGUAUGGAAUAUCAUAAAUAGUAAUUGGAAUAAUUUUUAGUAUACAACCUGUAGGAAAUUUUAUUUUUUCUUUAGUUUUAGGAAAAUAAUUAUCAUAAAGUAGUAAAAGAAAAAAAUAUACCAUAUUAGGUAUAGUUUUAACAUGGGUUGGGUUGUCUGCAUUUAUUUUAAUAAAAUAUAUAAUAAAUGAAUAUAUUUUUAUUACAAUUACAUUAAUAGCUAGAUUUAUUUUGGGAAUAGUAUUUUUUAAUAAUUAUAUUAUAAAAUUUAAAUAUAAUUUAAUUUAAAAGGGUGCAGCCUUUUUUAGUACACCUGCAUAUUCAUAUUUACCAAUAUUUUAUAGAGAUACAUUUGAAGAAAAAUGUGGUUGGAUGGAAACUAUGUGUGGAUUGGGUUUAAUGAUAGGUCCUUUAUUGGGUGCUUUAUUAGUUUAUUUUGGAGAAAAUAUAUAUUUAUAUAUUUAUAUAUUUAUAUAUUUAUAUAUUUAUAUAUUUAUAUAUUUAUAGAUUCCAAUCUUAAUAUAAUUAAUACCUUCGUAAAAUGAUUUAAAUUAUCAAUAAGAAACUCUCAUAAAAGAUUAAGAAAGUAGUAAAGAAUAAACUAUUGAAUUAGACGAAGAAAUAACAGAAGAAAUAAAUAUAUCUUAUAUAGAUUUAUUUUAAAACAGAUAUAUAAUUUUCAAUUAUAUUCUUAUUUUUUUACCUAGUUGUGGUUUAUUAUUUUUAGAUCCAACUAUGGGUAUUUAUUUUAAUAAAGUAUAUGGAUUAGAUGAUUUAUGGGUUGGAUUAUUAUUUUCUAUAGGAACGUCUACAUAUUUAUUUUUAUCUCCUUUAGGGACUUAUAUGAUUAAAUUUUUAAAUAAUUAUUCUCUAUUGUUAUUUAUAGGAACAUUUAUUACUGGAUUGUCGUUUAUUUUUUUAGGUCCUGAUCCUUUAUUAGGACUUCCUUAAAAAUUAUAUAUAACAUGUAUAGCUAAUGUUUUUAUUGGAAUUGCAACUCUAUUUAUAUAUAUUCCUGCUCUUCCUUAAUUAUAUAAAAUAUUAUUAAGAAUUUACGGUAAAAAAUUAUAAAAUUAAUAAAUUAUUGGUGAUAUUUCUAGUGCUUUAUAUAAUACAAGCUAUGCUAUAGGAGAAUUUAUUGGGCCUUUAUUAGGAGGUGCACUUUCUUAAUAUCUAAGUUUUUAAAGAGGUGCUUCUGUUUUUGGAAUCGUAAUUAUUGCUUUUAGUUUAGUCUAUUUGCUUUUUGGAGGAGUAUUUAAAUAAUCUGACUAAAUAGAUAAUGAAUUCAAUAUUUAAAUUAAGCAAAAUAACUAAAUUCCUAUUAUAUUUUCUCCUGGAUCAAAAUGUGAUUCACAAACUAUAGUUUCUUAAUAGUAAUAAUUAAUUAGAAGUAACUUUUAAUACGUUCUCCUGCAUAAGGAACAAAAAAACCACUGUUUUAUACGCCUACUCUUUAAAGUGUAGAAUAAAAACAUAACUUUGUUAUUAAAAAUAAUAAAAAAAAAAAAAAACUUUCUUAUGUUUAAGAAUAAGAAUAUGAUUUUGAUGUUAAAUUUAAUUAAUCUAACGAUAAUUCAAAUUAAUAAUCUGAUAUAUAACGAAGUAUUAUUGAUUGAAUAAAAUAGAUAUUUAUAUUAUUAAUAUAAUUAUAAAAUUAAUAAUAAUAAAAUUAUUAAUGUUUUUAUAUUUAAAAUUAUAAUAUAAUUUAUUUAUACAUAAUUUUAUUACAUUUAUAAAUAAUUAUUUUUUAUUCUUGUUUUUAUUUAUAUAAUAUUUUAACUAUGCUUAAUUUAAUAUUGUUAAAAAUAAAUAAAUUAAUUAAUUAAUUAAAGUAAUUUAAAAAUCAUGAUUUGA